AACACUACCAGCUAUUACAGCAAAAAGACCGGAAAGCUGUAACCAGUAAAACCCUCCUCCCUUUUUUCUCCAUCAGACCUUUAACCCUUCUCCCUCCUCGAAAACCCACCUUCCAGUCUUGUGCCCCACAAAACAGCCAUGAAUGGAAACUAGAGGCCACACAUGGAGAUGGGUUCGAACUCUUUGGCCGUUUCAGCGGCCUCUGGUUCGUCUGAUUCACUCAAUGGCUUGAAAUUUGGCAAGAAAAUCUACUUUGAAGAUGUGGGUAUUGGAAGCGCAGCUAAAUCAGGAGGUGGGUCGUCGUCGGUUUCGGUUUCGGUUUCCGAGGGAUCGACAUCGACAUCUAUGGCGCCGGCGCCGGCGCCGACGAAGAAAGGAAGGGGAGUUGUGCAGGGUGGGCAGCCUCCCAGGUGUCAGGUUGAGGGGUGUAAGGUGGAUCUGAGUGGGGCCAAAGCUUACUAUUCCAGGCACAAGGUUUGUGGGAUGCACUCCAAGUCUCCCAAGGUGAUUGUUGCUGGUCUGGAGCAAAGGUUCUGCCAGCAGUGUAGCAGAUUUCAUCAGCUGUCUGAAUUUGACCAAGGAAAGCGAAGUUGUCGUAGACGUUUGGCAGGGCACAAUGAGCGUCGGAGGAAGCCACCACCUGGAUCUUUGUUAGCUUCACGCUAUGGACGUCUGUCAUCCUCUCUCCAUGAAGCUAGCGGCAGGGUUGGAAGCUUUCUGAUGGAUUUUACGGCAUACCCAAGACAGCCAGCAAGGGAUGUGUGGCCGACCAUAAGAGCUGGUGAUCGACCACCUGGCAACCAACCAACUGCUACGGGAAAAUUUCUUCCACAUCUAUGGCAGGGAAGCUCAGAGAACCCUCCGAGCAAUGCCUUCUCUCAUGGGUCACACCCAUAUCUGCAAGGUCCGGCAGGUGGGACUGCAUUUACCAGUUCCGUAAUUCCUCCGGGUGAUUGUUUUGCAGGAGUCUCUGACUCUGGCUGUGCUCUCUCUCUUCUGUCAACUCAAUCAUGGGGCUCCAGAACUCGUACAACAGAUCUUGCAGCAAAUAACUUGAACGAGGAAGGGGCCCCAAUGGUUCAAUCAUCAGCACCUCAUGGUGCUAUACCAAACAACUUAACAAGCAAUUCAUGGACUUUCAAGGGAAAUGAAUGUAGUAGCAGCUCGCAUGAGAUUCCCCAUGAUUUAGGCAUUAGACAAUUCUCUCAGUCUGUCGACGGUCAGUUCUCCGGUGAGCUUGAAUUUUCUCAGCAAGGUAGCAGGCAAUACAUGGAACUUGGGAGCUCAAGGGCGUAUGAUUCUUCUAAUAAUCAAAUGCACUGGUCUCUUUAAAAGGACUCACUUAGAGCUUAUUAGGUUUAUGCCAUGCGCUUGCCUUUUUUUCCCCAGUUUUGCUUGGACCUCUUUUUUGAGUUUCAAUUCCUGGCUUUUGACCUUGAAAAUAAGUUAUGGGUUUGCUCAGUUUUAAGUUGCAGUUCUACUCCUUUAGUUGCUUAUUGGGUAUGCUGGUAUUAAUUAGGAAGAGCAAGAGCUCUUUUAAUUAGUUUGUCUUAAAUUUGAAAUCCAGAUAUUUAACU